AUGGUCGGCGAGACGUGGUCGCAGAUCGUGGCCCAAGGUCCGGCCUUCUCCGACGAGAGUAAGCCUACCCCAAUGCUUCGCGUGGGUCGCCCUGGCCAGGUCGGCAACGUCGAGAUGCAGGACCUUAUUUUUACUACAAAGGGCCCGACAGCUGGCGCCGUGCUCAUUGAGUGGAAUAUGGCUGCUGAUGCAAAGGGAUCAGCGGCCCUUUGGGACUGCCACGUCCGGAUCGGCGGUGCGACGGGCACCGAUCUGACGCCUACGGAGUGCCCAGCUCUGGCUUCUGGCAUCGCCCCGGGCUGCAAUGCUGCUAGUCUGAUGAUGCACAUUAAGCCAGGCGCAUCGGGAUACUUCGAGAACAUGUGGCUGUGGGUGGCUGACCAUCUAAUUGAUGACCCAGACCUGGAAGACGCCAACAACACCAUGGUACAGAACUCGAUAUACGUUGCUCGCGGCCUGCUUAUCGAGAGCACCGAGCCCACAUGGCUCUACGGCACGGCAUCGGAGCACGCGAUCAUGUACCAAUACAACUUCCACAAUGCCGCGAGUGUCUUCGCCGCCAUGAUCCAAACAGAGUCACCGUACUACCAGCCAACCCCAAACCCGCCUGCCCCUUUCACUAGCUCCGUCGGCCUCUUCCCUGGUGACCCGGACUACUCCUGCGCCGUUGGCGACGAGUUCAGUGGUUGCGAUGAAUCGUGGGCCGUUGUGAUGCGCGGCUGCGAGGAUAUCGUCAUUGCUGGCGCUGGCCUGUAUUCGUGGUUCUCGGCCUACGCCCAAGAUUGUAUUGGCGGACAGCUGUGCCAGAAGGCACUGGUUCUUCUUAAGGGAAACCAUGCUAGCGUGCGAUGGGAGCAUCUCGUUACGAUAGGCGCCAAGUAUAUGGUCAUUAUGGACGGCAAGGGCAUUGCGGCCAAGGACAACCUCAACAUCGAUGCGCACCCCUUCUGGUCGCAGAUAUCGCUGCUCGACGUCACUAGCGACGGAGAGCAGUAUAACGACAUCCUCUGGCUUGACCCGUCUAUUUGGGAUAUGGAACAACCUGAAUUCUCUUGCGAGCCACCCUGUCGUGUCAAGAUUCCGCCAUAUACAGGGGCGACUACUACCGUCAAUUACCCACUCAUGACCGUCAGCCAGGACGCGUGGACGAGUACAAUUACGGUGCGGCCCAUGACGCUAUCCAAGUUGGGCUUCGAGGUAAUGACCAUCGGGGGUUCCAACGUGAAGAGGGACAGUGGCAGCCUGAACCGCCGAGCCUUUGAGGACUUCUGGCCCGUUCCCGCUACGACUGCCGCUUGGCCCGUCGUUAUUUACAACGGCCCGAAUGGUAAAGAGUCAACGGCGAGCCCUAAAGCGCCUUAUCCGACGCAGCCUCCGUCCAUCGAGCCUGGCUCGCCACCGCCGCAAAACGGCGCCUGGCCAGCAAAAGCCCUCCGGCCGCGCAUGGCCGCCGCUGUAGACCCCAACAAAGAGCUGGACGAUCGUCUCAAGGACUGGAUGUGCCGGCAGGCUGCCGAGUCGCCCAGUUACUACGACAUGGACAUGUUAGACUGCCCGGGAAGGGGUGGAAACAACAACGACUCGGGACAGAUGCCGAUGGGUGACGGCACUGGAUGGAACGUCCCCAAGAUUUCAAACAACGGCACCAUGAGCCUGCCUGGGUUUUUCCCCUGGGGCUCAAUGUUGAGUGAGCUUGGGCGCAUGUGCGAACAGCCGCUUGAAUCGAAGACCACCACCACCAGGGCGCAGACGACUCAGCCUUCCCAGCCCACAGCAAAGCCGCUCAAGCAGGCCGACGCCAAGCACAACAAUGUGAAAUGCUACGGCGAGGGGCGCAAGAUGAGCAACAUCCGGCUGCAGAACGGCAUCAACUCCUUCUGCAAGAACAUUGGCUCCGACGUUGGCGUCCAGGCCCGCGACCUAGAUGGCAGGGCCGCCGCCGGGCAGCAGCAGCUCAUGGGCAGAUACAAGAAGGAGUCCAUCAAGCCCUUUUCUGGACAGGAGGAGAUUAGCUUCAGCUUCGAGGUGCUCGACGGCUGCUCGUGGACGUUCAGCAUGGACGAGUGUACGCGCUACUUCAAGACGCCCGUCGAUAGCUGUAAUUGCGGCGGGGAGAAUGGUAAGCAGGGCGGUUAUGGGAGUAACAACUGCCUUAGGUGGAAGACUGAUCCGAAUCGCUCGGCGUACUAG